AUGUCCUCGUCAACUCGCCUGUUCCGCUUCUCCAAGCCCGCCUGGCUCAACAGCGCCAACACCAGGACCGCAGGCGUCUACUUUGCUGGCGCAUUGUUCUCGUUCGGCUUCUUCUUCUUCAUCGACGCAAGCGUCUUCUCCAAGUCACCACUCAAUGGGUCGACCGUGCACAUCAACUUCGUGGACUGGAUCCCGCUCAUCUGCUCAGCGCUGGGGAUGCUGGUGAUCAACAGUAUCGAGAAGUCGCGGCUUUCGGCGGAUAGUUUCUCGUACAGCGGCAACGGCGUCGCAUGGAAGGCCCGGACCGUACUCUUCAUGGGCUUCGCGCUCAUGGCUGGCGGGCUUGCGGGCAGUGUCACAGUCAUGGUUCUUAAGUAUCUGUUCAAGGACUACGCGCUGCAGACGGUUUAUAUGGGCGUGGCGAACAUGGUGGCCAAUGGACUCGUCAUGCUAAGCAGUGUCGUCUUGUGGGUCAGCCAGAACAUGGAGGAUGAUUAUACGUAUAAUUUGCAGCUGUGA